AUGACUGAUAAAUUUAAUUGUGAUUCUUCGAAUAGAACGGACGAUUACUUUAUGCAAGUUUGCCAACCGUUAUCUUCAAAUAGAUGUUUAUAGAGAGAAGAGAUCGAAUUCAAAUUUAGAUAAUCAAAAUAGGAUUAUGUGUUUCCUCGAAUACCUUUUGAAGAAACACCUGAUAAAUAUUAAACAAUCGAAUCUCCACAACGUUUAAAAACAGAAGGAAAUGAAAAAUCAGAGGAUUAAUUGGAUCUAAAUUUCAAUUUUAAUAGUUCAUCUGAGCAUUUAUCGGAUGAUGCGGUUGUAUUGUAGCCAAAACCUUAUUAAUAAAAAUUAAAGCCUCCUCAACCUAAAAAAGCAAAACAUGCAGCUACAUAAUAAACAUAUAGAACGAUCUUAAACGAUUUAGAAAGGAAGUUGCAUACAAUAAAUUGCAAAGAUUUUGUUAAGAAAAAGUGCGAAUAAAAAGGGGCCUCCAGAGCAAAGAGCAAUUCCAAUAUCAUUAUCAACGGAAGUAUAAGUAAAAAAAAUCAAAGACCCUUUGAAAUAGAUACCAAAACCUCCUCUGUGAAGAAGUCCAUUCCAACUGAAUCUAAAAAGUCUCUCAGCAAAACCAAUCUAGCAGCCAUCUUAUCGAAAUAGAAAAGUAAGAGCAAUCCAUCCAAGGCCAACACCAUCUUUAAUGUCAAUAAUAGUCAUAUCAAUCUUAAUGUUAAUAUUAAUAGUUAAACUAUGGAUUUACAGCAAUAAGCUUUAACCGUAGCUUAAAUACUACAAAAAAAAUAAUUGUUAAAUCGCUCGUCUCUAUCGAGUUAUCAGAGAAAUUCGAAUCGAUGUUCUACUGAACCUUUGGAAGAGAUGAAAGCCAGGUUAUCAAAUAAUAACUAAAAAAAUAAAACUACAGUUACUAAUCAAUCUAGAUGUAACACUGGAAUGGAUGUAAGAGCCUAAAGUACAAUCCAAUACCUUAAUCAAAUGAAAUAGUAAUAAAAAUAAAAAGCAAUAAAAACAGCAAUAAUAACAAUUCUAAUAAAAGCAAUAACCCACAAUGCAGAUUAAGCCUUAGUUAAAUAUAAAAUAGUAAAGAUUAUAAUUAUAAAUAGGAGAUCCAGCACAAAUACUUCAAAACCAAGAAUUUCAACUAGUAAAUAUAAGAAAUAUAAUUUAUCUAUAGAAAUGAAUUGA